AUGGAUGGAUGGUUCUCGGGUGGAUGGUUCUCGGGGAAGGAAGGAUGGAUGGUUCUCGGGGAUGGAUGGAUACAUGGAUGGAAGGAUGGAUGGAUGGGUGGUUCUCGGGAUGGAUGGAAGGAUGGAUGGGAGGAUGGAUGGGUGGGUGGUUCUCGGGAUGGAUGGAAGGAUGGAUGGGAGGAUGGAUGGGUGGGUGGUUCUCGGGAUGGAUGGAAGGAUGGAUGGGAGGAUGGAUGGGUGGGUGGUUCUCGGGAUGGAUGGAAGGAUGGAUGGGAGGAUGGAUGGGUGGGUGGUUCUCGGGAUGGAUGGAAGGAUGGAUGGGAGGAUGGAUGGGUGGGUGGUUCUCGGGAUGGAUGGAAGGAUGGAUGGGAGGAUGGAUGGGUGGUUCUCGGGAUGGAUGGAAGGAUGGAUGGGUGGUUCUCGGGAUGGAUGGAUGGAUGGAUGAAAGGGUGGAUGGAUGAAAGGGUGGACGGACGGAUGGAUGGGUGGAUGGAUGAAAGGGUGGAUGGAUGGAUAGAUGGAUCCCGACAGGGCCCUGUGGUAAGUGAGGAAGUGGGUAUGUACGUAAGACCGUGGGAAUAUUAA